UUCAGGCCUGUGCUGUGGCUGACCGGUGGGGGUCAUUUAAUUGGUAGGGGUACGUGGCAACAAGUUUUACAAAUUAUUCUAGCAAACUGAAAUUUGGUGCAAAAGGUUGCCAAUGACUUCCAAGCAAUUUGAAGCAUCAAGAUUAUUUUACACUUGAUCAGUCUUUAUUCACGACAAAGUCGUUUUGGAGUACCAAACUUUGUAGCACGAGAUUUUUUGAAGGUUUUGGAGAAUCAUGAUGGAAGAAAUGAUGGGAGACAUGUUGUUGCAGAAGCAGACUGACGGGGAGGAGGACGAGGAUGCCAUUCAGCCCCCACCGACCCCAGGAGAGAGCAAAACUCUGGAGGCCAUUCAUAUGAAAAAGUACGAAGAGGGAGACGUCGGAAAGUUGGAAGCCAUCCGUGACUUGCAGUCCGUAUUUGAUGAGCUUCACCAACAAAAGGUGAUCUCACAACCUGUCGACCUGCUGGCCCCACCUCCUCGGGAAAAAGACGGUCCAGCCCUCACAGGGAGGAAGAGAUUCCCCACCUCCGCACUCACCCCACUAAUUCCUCUCAACCUCAAAAACAAGGAAUUCGCCAGUGAGCAGAAUCUGGCACGCGGUCAGCGACUCAAGGAUCACCAAGCCAUCUCUCUCCCACUCCUGCUCAAGGUUGAGAGAGAAAAACUGAAGCUCAAGAAAAAGCCACCUACUGUCACCACGGACUCGGAAGCCUUGAGCGUCGUUCUUGAUGACCUCGCCGUCUGCUCUGGUCAAGAGGUGGCAAUCAGCUGCGAAGACGACUCUGAGACUGAUGCAAUCAAUCUUGGAAGUUCACAAGGAGAGGAACAAACUGAUCAAGAAGGAGAAGAUGCCACUUGGAAGGAUGAUGUCAUCAAGAUGAAUAGAUUACGCUCCAAGUCGAGUAUCAACAUUUCGGCCUACACGGGGGGAGAAACGCUAAUACUUCAGCACAAGCCUCCCAUCUGGCCGCAUCAGCAAGACCUCCACCGAAUCCUCGCUCGAAUGCCAACCCUGACAUGUCUCAUCCUUGACGGGAGUGACCUCGAGUGUUUUCGUGACCUGGGGAGCUCAGUCCCCUCACUUUGCUCCCUCUCCGUGGUCAGAUGCGGUCUCAAGACUCUCGAUGGAACCGCUGCACUCCCAAAUUUGAGAACCUUGAUAGCAUCCAACAACAAUUUGAAGAAUGCCGUCCAAUGCUCCUUCCUCGCCGAGUUGUGUCACUUGGACCUCUCCUCCAACCCCAUCAAGGACAUUGGACCCUUCGCCCAUCUCAAGGCCUGCACCAAGUUGAGAAGUUUGAAACUCUAUGCGACACCCGUCUCUCGCUCGCCCGAUUUUUACUCCCACAUCAAAUAUCUCCUGCCAAGGCUGAAGGAAGUCUUUCCCUUUUCAGACUCAUACUCGCCCUACUUCAGGCCAAAGUUUAUUCCGAAAGGUGUCGUUGAGGGGGACGUGGACGAGGAUGAUCUUGCCCGGAAAGUUAUGAGACAAGAAUUCCAAAUCAUCUAUCAGAACAACUUUGAAAAACCGAAGGGCUAUGAACGCGUUGUUGCCCCAAAACCAGGAGAACGUGAAAAUGAGGGUGACCCAGGAGUGACGACAGACGAUGGAGGAAUGGUCACCGAGACGGACGACAAUUUCGAACAAGCGUUGCUCAAAUCCAUUCGAAUGGUUCAAAUUGAGAACGUUUCCACGGACUCGUUUCUUACGACGGAAGCGUCGGAAGCUGACGAGAUGGGUGGAGCCGGUGGUGAUCAUCUUCCCCACGCAGACCUGUUUUACAGUGCAGGCGAAAACUCGGAUGGGUCAGAACAGUACGAGGACGCGAAUUCUGACAUGGCGGAUAAUUCCACGUAAUUUAUUUCCCAGCCGCAAAACAAUUUCUACAAACUUUAGCCUGCAAUAAUUGUAACUUGAAGCGUAUAAGGAACGUCUUUUAUUACGAUCCGGCCAAAUUGUAUCCAUUCAUUAACCCACAUUUUCACUUUAUUCCCUUUCUCUGGACCAUUUUAAUUAAUGA